CUUAAGUUCGUUAUCAACCCCAUCCUCUUUUUUUCUAUAAAUAACGAAGCAACGAGUUAACGAGAAAAAUUCUGGAUCGGAGAGAGCUACGAAGCCUGGGAAUUUUCGUUACCUCCUUCGUUCUUCUCUGAUCUCGAAUUCAAUACCAAAUUCUUCAAUCUCCCGAAUCUGAUUUUCUUAUCACUAUCCCUGGAUAACAAAAGCCCCCAAAGUAAAAACCCAAUUGCGAUUCCCUCGUAAACCAAUCUAGGGUUUUCGCGAGUUCGUCUCUGAGCUUGUUUGUUUGUGAUCGUGUGAGAAUGUCUCGGUGUUAUCCGUUUCCACCACCUGGUUAUGUUUGGAAAGAAAGUCUGAUCGAAUCGAUCAAGGGGGCAAAGGAGGAAGUGAAGAAAGAUAGAAAACACAAGAGGAAUGAAAAAGAUAGAAAGGAUAGGGAUAAUGAGGCGGGGAGGAGCAGGAAGCAUCGGCAUAAGAGACGGCGGAAAGAUGAAGGCGCCAUUGCUAGUGGCAAAUUAGUAAGCAGUGAGGUCGAGUUGUUAGAGAAGAGCUGCCAGACUGUGGAACUUGAGCUUCAAACAUCGUCUCAGAAUUCUUGUGAUAGCACUCUUCAUAGCAAUGAGAGACCAAAGCAAAUUCAGAGUCAGCCCCUUGAUGAAACCAGCAUACGGACUCGGUUACCUGACAAAGGGCAGGAAGAUCCUGAGGAUGGGGUGAUGAUGACCAGCAAGGAUCAAAAACAGCGCUUUUCCCGGGAAAUGUUAGAUGCUUCUCAAGCUGCUACUGCUCCUAAUGAGUCUGUUGGUCAUUCAAGGGUCUGUCAAGAGAAAAGAAUAGAUCCAACUUUUGGUUCGUCGAGAGAGAUCACAACAAAACUCAACAAAGAGAAGAAGUCAGUUCCUUCGAAAGAUAACAGAAAAGUUAGUAAAGAGAAGAAGAUGCCAUCAUUAUCUUCAUGUAACCCUCUGGAACAAGAGAAACCGACCUCUAGUCAUCAAGAAACCCCUGGACCUUCCAAGCUAUUAUGCAGGAAAUGCCCUCCUUCCAUGGCUGGGCAACUCUUGAAUCUUAUCGAGAACUGGGCUCCUGAUCGGGUUGAGAGCAAGCUCACUGACUCUGAAGAUCAAGAAUGGUGGUUGUUCAUCAAGUUUGGAGCCAAAAGUCCACAAGUUAGCAAUCAGAAAACCAACCAGGGAAGUAGUUCCAUGGUGUGGCCGACUGCUAGAUUUCUUCCUGAAGCCGAAGUACACGCAUUGCCAUUCACUGUCCCGUUCUGAUUUCAACAAAGUUGGUCGAGAGAGAGUGAGAGAGAGAGAGAGAGAGUGGUUAACAUGACCAACAUAUAGUUUUCCCAAGUAUUUUAGAGUAGCCUUGAAACUUAAGAAACUCAGAAUUAUGUGUGAUUCUUUGUAGAUGUACUGGUAAUAUAGUAAAUCACCAAUUACGUAAAUGGUAAAUAUAUGUGCUGGUUAGAUAGUAAAUUACAUGAGAGUUUCGAACUUCUUUGGCUACUUCCUUAUCAAUCGUAAAUCUUAUUUACGAUCUUUGUUUUUUUUUUCUC